AUGGCCAACCUUUUUGUAUACAUUUCUCUCUUGUUUGCCUCGUACAUUUUCACCAAAUACUUUUACCACAAACUCAAAAAUCAUCCACCUAGUCCAGUUCUCAAUCUACCGAUUCUUGGCCAUCUAUAUCUUCUGAAGAAACCCAUUUACAGAUCUUUAUCAAAAGUUUCUGAAAGAUAUGGCCCACUCCUUCUGCUCCAAUUCGGUUCCCGCCAUGUCCUCCUGGUGUCCUCGCCGUCCGCCGCCGAGGAGUGCCUCAACAAAAAUGAUAUCGUUUUCGCUAAUCGCCCUCGUAUGAUCGCCGGAAAACAUCUGGGCAAUAAUUAUACAUCUUUGGCUUGGAGUUCUUAUGGAGAUCAUUGGAGAAAUCUUCGUAGAAUAUCAUCUCUUGAAAUACUAUCCUCUCAUAGACUCCAAAUGCUUCAGAAUAUUCGAAUUGACGAAGCUAAGGGUAUGAUCAAAAGGGUGUGUCGCGAUUCGGAAGAAAAGCAGGUGGUGGAUAUGAAAACUGCGUUUUUUGAAAUGACUAUGAAUGUGAUGAUGAGGAUGAUAGCCGGGAAAAGGUAUUUUGGUGAGAAUGUCGAGGAAAUCGAGGAAGCAAACAGGUUUAGGGAGAUCGUAAUUGAGACUUUCCGGCUUGGUUCAACAAAUACAGCAGAUUUUUUCCCAGUGCUGCGGUGGCUGGGACUGGGUGGGGAGAAGAGAUUGGUGGUGUUGCAGAAGAAGAGAGAACAGUUUAUGCAGGAAUUGGUGGAACAAUGUAAAAGAAGAUUGGGUGGCGCCACCACAAGCGAUGGUGGCGUUGAAUUGGAGGUGGAAGGGAAGAAGAAAACGAUGAUUGAAGUUCUGUUGACGCUACAGGAGAAAGAACCUGAGUAUUACAAUGAUGGGAUUAUCAGAAGCCUCAUGUUGGUUUUGUUGACAGCAGGGACGGAUACAUCAUCUGGAACAAUGGAGUGGGCAUUGUCCCUUUUAUUGAACAAUCCACAAGUCUUGAAGAAGGCACAAAAGGAAAUCGAUAGUCACGUUGGACAUGAACGUUUAAUAGAUGAAUCAGACAUCGCUAAUCUCCCAUACUUACGCUGCAUUAUAAAUGAAACAUUGCGAAUGUAUCCUCCAGGCCCUCUACUAAUACCUCAUGAGUCCUCAGAAGAUAGUGUUAUUGGAGGAUAUCGCAUACCAGGAGCCACUAUGCUGUUAGUGAACGUGUGGGGUAUACACAACGAUCCCAAGAUUUGGGAGGAUUCCAGAAAAUUCAAGCCUGAAAGAUUCGAAGGUCUUGAAGCAACAAGAGAUGGAUUCAAAUUAAUGCCAUUUGGUUCUGGGAGGAGAGGGUGUCCUGGGGAAGGCUUGGCCGUGCGUAUGGUCGGGCUAGGUUUGGGAUCAGUUAUCCAAUGCUUUGAUUGGGAAAGAGUUGGUAAGGAACUGGUUGACAUGGCCGAAGGCACGGGACUAACCAUGCCUAAAGCUCAACCUUUAAUGGCCAAGUGCACCCGUCGCCCCUUAGUAGCUAAGCUUUUCUCUUCUUGA